UGACAAAGAGUCUCCAGUAGAUGGCGACAGAACGCACCGAGCUUGAUGAAUAGCAGAGAAGAAGAUUAAACUACCUUUUCACAGCAAAGGACUGAGCUGAAACUAAACGUUAAUAGAACACCAAGAUAAUGUAAACAGCGGAGGUUAACCUGUGUGGGACCAAUGUUCAUGUGCAACUUACGAUCAUCUGUGAAGUACUUGGCCUCUCUAUCAGCUCUGGGACGCCAUCACAUCCUGCAAAACAGGAUGUCCACUUCACCAAACCCAGUAGCUGCAAUCUGUCAAAUUACGGCAACCCCGAACAAGGAGGCCAACUUCUCUGCCUGUAAACAGCUGCUGGAGGAAGCCAGGCAGAGAGGGGCCUGCAUGGUGUUCCUGCCAGAGGGAUUUGACUACAUCGGAUCCAGCAGAGAGGAGACACUGUCGCUCUCAGAGCCUCUGGGAGGGGACAUAAUCUCCCGAUACACUCAGCUUGCCAGGAAAUUGGACGUGUGGCUGUCUCUAGGAGGAUUUCAUGAACGAGGACACGACUGGGAGAACGACAGACGUAUUUACAACAGCCAUGUUAUCAUUAAUAACAAAGGUGACAUCCUGUCAGUCUACAGAAAGUCCCAUUUGUUUGACGUGGAGCUGCCGGAAAAAGGUGUGUCACUCAAAGAGAGUGCCUUCACCAUACCUGGAGGCUCCCUGGUUCCUCCAGUCCAGACUCCAAUUGGCAAGGUCGGACUGGGCGUCUGCUACGAUUUGAGGUUCCCUGAGUUAUCGCUUGCUUUGCAAAGACACGGUGCAGAUAUCCUUACGUAUCCAUCUGCUUUCACAGUAGCAACAGGAGCUGCUCACUGGGAGGUGUUACUCCGUGCCAGGGCAAUAGAAACGCAGUGCUUUGUCCUGGCAGCAGCGCAGGUAGGCCGGCACCACGAGAAGCGUUCGUCCUACGGCCACGCCUUGGCCGUCGACCCCUGGGGGGAAGUGUUGGGUGACUGUGGAGGGGAGAAGCCAGGCAUGGUGCUGGUGGAGGUCAACCUGGACAAAGUCAAUAGGACCAGGAAGAACAUGCCUGUCCAACAGCACCGCAGGGACACUGCUUUUUACCACAGUAUGAGUCAAACCUGUUUGUGAUUAAAAGUGGAAAGAUAAAAUUGUCUAUUUAAGCAGGACUGAAUGUCAGAAUUUCACUGAUGAAUAAAUAAGAAUAAAAGCUGCUCCACUUCCUACAUUGUGUUGAAAGGUUAGGUUAAGUAAUUGUUGUAAAUUCCUAGGAAAUAUUUGUAUUUAUGUGAUGAUUUGCAAACCUGACGUUAUAUGUUUGAAUUUGGAGUCCCACUGUAAUUACUUUUUAAUUUUUCUUGUAUUUCUUGACUUUAUUCUUUGACAAAGUGAAUCAGCUCACUGUUUCCUAUCUGUAAGUAUUGUUACACAUAAUGAUCCCUACAUGGCACUGUUGGACAAAAAGCACUAAGGAUCGCAAGCAAUGUUAGGUAUUUAUUGAUAUGUAGCAAUUUAAGGUUAUUAGAGGUAUAAUUGCAAUCAAUUUUCUAACUUAAUAGACUUAAGAUUUAUAUUAUGAAACUUGUAUGACCAACAGAGUUCUUAUUUUAUAAAUAAAUGGUUUAAAUGAAAAAUGCAAAGGAGUUUCUCCAUAAAUGGUUAAUAAUUUAGUUCAGUUUUAACAUGUGAUGUAGAAUGUUGGGAUGCUCCCAUGCUUCUACAUGAAAUCGGAUUUAUUGCUUUUUCCUGCAAAACAAGGAUUUUGUGUUGAUCACACAAGUGCUGCCUUCCUCAACCCACCAGCUACAGAAGGAAAUUACUAAUUUCACAUCUGAAGUGUUGGUGAAAAAGUUUCACAGCUGCAAUAUAUUACACUUUUUUUAUUUUAUUCAGUGAAAAUUUGCUAUGAAGUCUUAGAUUUAUCUCUAAAAAGGUAACUUGAGAGACUGAAACCAGGGAAAAAUCAUUGUUCUUUUAUCAAAGACUGCAAAUGCAGUUUUUAUUCCAAAUAAAAAUGGUUGAAUUUAACCACAAAAACCAUAUUUUGCACAGUGUUUUUAACAAAAACAAUUUUACUUCCUUAAAUAAAACAGUGUGGUUCACAACUUAAUUCACAGACGCCAUUAUUGUGUAUUGAAAGUUUUAGUCCCAACUCUCAGCCUUGAUGAA